AUGCAGUUAGCUAUGUAUCAAAUGCUAACAAAUCUUGCAACAAAUCCGAGUACUCCACCAUCAUCGAUUCCAGCAUUACGAUUUCGUCCUGCUCCUGAUUAUCAAGCACCGAUAAUAAAUCAUCAAAAAUCACUUAAACGUCUUGGUCCUAAACGACCACGAUUGGUAAAAACGAAUCUAACUAGUAGCGGAACAGCAUCAACUAGUACACUUAAUAUGCCAACAUCAUCAUCUUCACCUGAUGGUUACAACGCUAAUUAUAAUGACGAAAGUUAUGAAGAACUUGACCAUCGACCACUCACACGAGAAAUUAUGUCUGCUUAUUUAUUAACACGUCGUCAUCAUUUUUUUUGUCCACCACCAUGUGUAUAUUUAUCUGGUGAUGGAUGGAAAAAUGAUUUUGAACAAGAUAAUUUAUGUACUAUGAUUGGUAUUGGUGAACCAUUGUAUCAUAAUGAUAAUGGUUCACCAUCAGCUAAUAUAACACAAUCAAGUGAGAUGCAACAUUUACCAUUUGAAAGUGGAAAACGUUUUGGUGCAGCAAAAACUUUAUUUAUUUCUGAUUCUGAUAAACGUAAACAUAUAAAUUUAAAUAUAAAAAUGAUGUAUACAAAUGAUUUUCGUGAUAAUCCAUAUAUUGGAAUGUUUGAAAGUCGAAAAAUAAAAGUUAUAUCAAAACCAUCAAAGAAAAAACAAUCCGUUAAAAAUGCUGAAUCAGUAUGUAUUCAAUCAGGUAGCAAAAUAGCCUUAUUUAAUCGUCUUCGAAGUCAAAAUGUUAGCACAAGAUUUUUACAUGUCAAUGAAGGAAAAAAUGACUUUGAAGCAAGUUCAAGUGAAUGGGGAUCAUUUUGUAUACAUUUAGUUGACAAUGAAGAACCAUGUACAGAAUCAAAUAGUUUUUCAGUGAAAGAAGGUUUUGUUCAAUAUGGUUCAACAGUAAAACUUGUUUGUUCAGUUACUAAUCAAACAUUACCUCAGUUGGUUAUUCGAAAAGUCGAUAAAAAUCGUGUAUUACUCGAUUCUGAUGAGCCUGUAUCUCAAUUACAUAAAUGUGCAUUUGAAUUCAAAAGUGGACCAGCAUCGCCAUCAAGUUUAGUUUAUUUAUGUUUAACAGGUGAGCGUAUAAUUGGUAUUGCGGGUAAACCAUGUCCAAAUGAACGUUUUCGUGUUGAUAUUAAUGAUUCAGCAUGUUGGACAAUAAUAUCAACUGAUAAAGCUGAAUAUACAUGGUUUGAAGGUAGAGGUCCAGUAACACAUCCAAUUACUCCUGUUCCUGUUGCUAGACAUAUUGUUGUUGAUGGUGGUGGUGCAGCUGCAACAAUUGAAUUAACUGGAGAAAAUUUUGCACCAGGUUUAUCAGUAUGGUUUGGAGAAACAGAAUCACCAUGUACAGAUUAUCGAUCUACACAAACAAUCGUUGCUGAGGUUCCUCAAUUUUCAUCAGUAAUGCCAAAUAUGCCAUGGGUUCAACGUCCUAUUUCUACUCCUAUUUCACUUGUACGUCGUGAUGGAAUUGUUUAUUUAACUUCAUUAGUUUUUACAUAUACACCACAACCAGCACCUCCUCGAAAAGCAUCUUCAUCACCAGAAACAAUUCUUCCUGCUACAUCUGAGAAUAAUUUUUGUGAAUAA